CUCCCAUUAGAAGACCACUGGAGAUGGAUCAUGAGGACCAAAGCGUGACGGUGGUCAGUGAAGAAGAAGAAGAAGAAGAAGAAGAAGAAGAAGACAAGCGAACUGCAAACAAGACAUCUCCAGCGAUUGAGGUCAAUGAUAAAUGCAAGAAAGGACAGGGAAGUGGCCUGCUGCAGAUGGAGGAGAAGUCAUUUGUAUCAAGUCUGCAUUCCUUCAUGAAGGAAAGAGGCUCACCCAUUGAAAGAAUCCCACAUUUGGGCUUCAAACAAAUUAACCUGUGGAUGAUCUACAAGACAGUUGAGAAACUAGGUGGCUACAAUUCAGUGACGGCAAGGCGUCUGUGGAAGAAAGUGUACGAUGAACUGGGUGGGAGUCCCGGGAGCACCAGUGCAGCUACAUGCACCCGCAGACACUAUGAGAGGCUGGUGUUGCCCUUUGAAAGACAUCUAAGAGGAGAAGAUGAUAAACCUCUGCCUCUCAGCAAACCAAGGAAGCCUUAUAAGAGGAAGGGGAAGAUGAACAAAGCUGAGUGGGAGGGGAAAAGAAUCCAUGCAGACAGGGGAAAAGAUUGUGAGAGGAUUCCAGAGGCUGCCAGUCAGAGUGGAGCAGUGAUGCCUCCUCAUCAGUCUACCCUCUGGCCUGAAAGACACCAUUUGGACUGCUCCCAGCCAGACCGGCCUCUGACCCCUGACCUUUAUACGUGUUCCCACCUUGUGCAUGGCUCUGCAGCAACCCCCUGGCCUGCAAACUUGUCAUCGGUUGCUGGAGAGGUCAUCUCUCCUCUGGAAAAAAAGAAGCGAGUGGCUCAGGCCAGCCUUCAGGUGAAAACAGAGGGGAAGUGGAGAGACAGGCCCUCUGUCAUCCAGCGCUCUCUCUCUCCAGCCUGUUCCAGCCACAAGUGUAACUCCUCUGAUGGCUCACCUUGCCCUCCUUCCUCCUCGUCCUCCUCUUCCUCACAGAGCACAUCCCCAUGCUCCAUCUCAUCAGAGGAUGCUCCUGCAUGCGGUGAAAGCAAACCUGAUUUGGCCCUUUUCAGCACUGUGAAAAACACACUCAACCAAAGUGAGGACAUGCCCAUGAGACAGAUCUACAAAGAUCCUGCAGGAGAGAAUAAAGACAGACUCCAUGUUAGCUCCCAAAAGGUCAAAGCUCACAUUAAAGACUGGAAGCCAAAAGGCGGUGACAUCAACCUCAUGCAUCCUUUUUACUCUGCUAUCAAAGGUAAAUCUGACUGUUCUCCACCACCUUCUUCUAGUUUCGUCAAUGUUCUUCCAAGGUCUACACACAUCCCACGGCCUGCUCCUAUUCGACCAGGUUACCGAAGCCACCAGGCCACUUUGACGCACUGCAACGCUUCUUCACUGAAAAAUAUCCCUCUGCCUCCGUGGCUUUAUCAAACUGAAAAGUGGGAAACACUCAGGGCAAUCCCUGCAAAGGUUCCUUCAACCCAGCACACGCUAUCCCACACUGCCUGUGUCCUGCCCCCUUAUGACAAAUCAGACUCUCAUCAGCAGACAACACUGCACCACCCAGCCUUCCUCCCCAGAAUGAGAAUACCUCAGUCUCAGCUCAUGUACCGGCAUGUUCCAGGCAGUGCAACUUCUUCUGCUCUCAUUUACCCAUACCCAUAUUCCAUCCCUCUGUGGGGGCCCCACACUGCAUAUACCCUCCCCACCAUGAACACCUUUUAUACUCACAAACUGUGAUUCUUUACAUUUUAGCUCCAAGCAACUGCAAUUUCAGAAAUAUUUAUAUGCAAUAUUUCUAUGGAAUAUGGAACAUUUGGCAUGCUCUCUCAUUAGAGGACGACUGUUGAAAAUAGUUAAUUGUUGUGUGCAAGUGUGACCUCAUACUACAUGAAAAUAUUUAAUUUCACUGGCACAAAAUCACACAAUGUGGAUAAAUAUGACUCUUGUGUGACUGGAUUGUCAAUAAAAUGUGAAGCAAACUGGUCUGAAUGAACAUUCUCCUUUGUAAAACAAAAACAGCUGGGGGUUAAUUUCCUGAAUAUAUGUUA